AUGAAUUUAUUUGUGAGAAAAGGAGAGGCAAGCAGCCAUCUGUUGAUGGAACUCCAAGGAGAAGUCAAAGCCCAGAGCGAGCUCGACGGGAUGAAUCUCGGAAAACUUAAGGAAGAAAAUGGGAAAAAUACCUUACUCCCCCCCCCCCCUCCGUGAGCGAACAAAAAAAAUUUUGUUCGCUCACGGAGGGGGGUUAAUUUUUUUUUUAAAAAAAAUUUAUAUAUAAAAUUUUUAUAAAAUAUAUUUUUUUCGAAAUUUAAAAAAAAUCCUAAUUUGCAAAAAUUGGGAAGCAAAUAUUAAUUUAAUUUGCAAAAUUUAUGUUUUAAAACGCAAUUUGUUUAAAAUUAAACAGAAUUAGCUCUAGAUUUCAUUAUACUAAUUAUCACUUAUAUAUCAAAAUUUUUUUUCCAUUAAAAUUUUUUCUAUUAAAAAAAUUUUUGUUCACUCACGGAGGGUGGGUUUUUGGUCAAAAAAUGGCGAUUUUUCUAAUGGUUUUGUUCGCUCACGGAGGGGGGGGGGGGAGUUAGUGAUCGGAAACCAUGUCCUAAGAGGAAAACAAGAAAUCAUAAAAAAGCCUUUAUAUGUUGUAAAAAAAGUGCAAGGCGGAUUAGAGGUUAUAGGGACAAUAAGCAAUAAAAUUGUGUUCAAUGAAAGGCCUGCUCCGAUUCCUUUACACAAUGAGAAAAAGGUGAAGCAUAAUUUCUGGAAUCAACCGAAAUAA